UCUCUGAAAUAAAUAUACGUAACUCGUUGUUCUUUGAAUCAGUCGAAAGUAAAUCGCAAAAGAUAAAACAUAUAUUUGAAGCGAGAAGCUUCGGUAUUUUCCGCGAUUAAAUCAUUUGUGAAGUUAAUAUCACAAACGUGUGGGUAAAAGCUUUAAUUUGGAACUAAAGGUAGCAUUCAACAGAAUAGCAAAAGGGAAAAAAUGGCUAAAUCUUUUCGAUAUCACGUUUGUGCCAUUUUUGCUAUUUUAUUAUCGACAUCAGUGCUUGUUAAAAGUUUGCCUACUUCAGUUUUAGUUGAUACCAAGCAACAACAGCAAAGUGAAUCCUCAUCGGCCGCAAUAAAUAAAGAGAAUCAUACAACGAACGUAAACGGUAAGAGCAGUCCAUCAUUACUAGAACAUGGAAACCCAAUUACUGCUGACAAAGCACAACCAAAGAAACUACACGCGAUACUACAAAAACGUGGAGUCAAGCAAAGUUUCUAUGAGCCCAAUAUGCAGAGUGACCUACUAUACAACAAUAACAUUCCACUCGGUAGUUGGGACGAUCCAGAAGAAAAUACACCAUAUUCGGAAUUUCAAGACCUAGAAGACUAUCCACAAUAUUAUCAGCAACCAAUUUCAGCGCCACAUCAUCAACGACCGUACGAUAAUUUUCAGCACAUAUUGAGCUCGGAUAAUUUAUACGAUGAACCAUUGGCAUUACCAGUCAAAUACAAAUAUCCAACCAGAUACUUUGACGAACGACGUAAGCGUGGAGUCGUCAACAAAAAUAUUAUGAGAUUGAAACGUGAUUCAACCAAACUGAAUUCAGCAGAUAUGCUGGCACUUUUAUCGUUUCUUGAAGCAAACCAACGCAAUCGCCAUGACAACGUCAACGAUGAUAUAAAUUCGUUAGAAUAUCAGAAGCCAUUCUAUGGGCCAUACGGUAACUUUGAUGGUAUCGGUAAUGAUGGAGACGAUGAGAUCAGCGAUGGUGUUAACGGCAACGGUGAAUGGUGGAAUGACUGGAUUGAGCCAUCUGUUCAAUAUUAUGGCAAUCCACAUGGCCGUCACGAAGAGAAUUCAAGAAAACGCCUUACAUCAACAGUAUUCCCAGUGAAACGGUUCAUGGUCGCAAAAAAGAAACGCACAAAUCAGCAUCAUAUAUCUGAUGAUGGGGCUGCCAUAGACGAUGCCAAAGAUGUCAAGAAAAAGUCUGUGUUUGGCGUUGACUUCAAUCCACGUUGGGCAAGCGCUUAAAUUUAUUUGAUUUUUUUAGUAAGAAAAUUGAUACGAAAUACUUCGAAUCUACGCAUCUUGAACAAUAUAAUGAUGACACAAGGAAUUUUGGGACUACAUGAAAUCAACAAACUAAACAAUAUAUAAUCUAAAAAAAAACAAUUUCCAUUUGAUUAGCAAACACAGCUAAUCAACCUUUUAUUGAAUUUCAUUCGAAUUUUAUGUGUUUUAUUUUGAUUUGAUUGAUUUUCAUUGGCAUUUCUCUCGUUCUCUCUAUGAACUAUUUUUAUGCAUUCACAUUUUUCGUUUUUGGAAUUUGGAUUGAGUAUGUAUGAUGUAUGUGUGUGUGGAUCUCCUAUAAAACCAUCCAAUCUCACUCAAACAUAAUAAAUUUAUUAAAUAUUUAUAUGCAUAUUGUAAGUAUUUACAUGUUAGUGUAAUAAUGAUUAUGAUUAUUACAUGUACUGAAUAUUAUAUACUUGCCAAAAUAAAAACAUUCCAUACUUGAAUGAAUUCAUGAACAUUUAUCUAA